AUGACUAUUGGAAUGAAGAUAUCUUCUCAUUUCAGCAAUACAACGAGUUAUAGCCCUGGUGAAUUUGCGGACCCACAAUCCAUUCGAUACUUGAAUAAAUCAUUCUCUCGAGCUGCACUGACGGGGCGUAACUGGUUUUUUUCUUCGGAGUGGCUUGGGGCAUCCCAUGCAAUUCAAAACCGGAUUGUCACAACGGGUGGUUGA